AUGGUUUGUAACUACAGAGUUCCACCACCGUUUGAAGAGGGGAAACUCUACGAAAGCUGGAAAAAUGAAGUCGGCAUUUGGGCCAGAGUCACGGACUUGGAAAAGAAAAAACAAGCCCUCGCUGUUGCUCUGUCGCUGUCGGGCAGAGCACGGGAGACUGCAAUGGAAAUACCGAGGGAAUCAGUCAAGAGUCUGUGUUUGCCACGGAGCAGCAUCGGCGGGAUAAAGGUAAAACCUGGCAACAAAGCGGCAGACCCAGAACUCCACAACCCGAGUGGAAAGGGCCAGGAGUGGUCAUUGGACAAGACGGUGCUGUUGUUUUUGUUCGACAUGGAGGUAUCUGUGUCAGAGUUCACCAACUUCGGCUGA